CUUCCUGAAUUGGAUCAUUUUUUAUUGAUAUAUAUAAAGCAAAGGAACAGUCUAUCAAUAGCUGUCUAAAAUCAUGUUGCGUCGCACUUUUCAGGAUCCUGUUUGUGGGAGUGCACAUUGUGUCUUGACACCAUACUGGAGCCAAAAGCAAGGGAAGUGCGACUUCAUUGCUUGUGAGGCAUCACCUAGAGGGGGAAUCAUAAACAUUCAUUUGGACAAACAUAACCGGAGAGUGGUUCUGAGGGGAAAAACUGUCACUGUGAUGGAAGGUUGCCUUCUAUUUUACAUAUGGGGUUUAAUGUCAUUCUCAAUGUAUGUAGGAUUGAGCUAAAAUAAAUCGCAAUGAUAAUUGGAAUGAUUAUUGGCUUUACUUGUAUGUGUUGUUUGGAAUGAUUACUAUCUCUUUCUUGGAUGUGUUGUUUUCUCAUUACAUGUAUUUGCUGUCACUAGAUGAGUCUUUUGUUUAUUAUAUCGCAUUCACAUGUAAACCAAACAAAUUCUAAACUUAGUAAAUCCAGAAUUGCUCU